CACUGGUGGGCAGCACUGGUGGGUGGGCACAGGUGGGUGGCACUAGUGGGCACAGGUGGGUGGCACUGCUGGGCACAGGUAGGUGGCACUUCUGGGCACAGGUGUGUGACACUGCAGAGUGGCACAGGUGGGUGCACUGCUGGGCACAGGUGGGUGCACUGCUGGGCACAGGUGGGCGGAACUUGCGGGUGGCACUGCUGGGCACCGAUCAUCAGGGCACUGAUCAUCAGUGCCCUGAUGAUCGGUGCCGAUCCCCGCUCUGACAACUGCCGGUUCUCGGCAGUACUUUCCUCACGAUCUGACAGCGUGAGGAAAGUGCAGCCGAGAACCGGCACUUGC